AGAGGAUGGAGUUAGAAACAAAGAGAAUAUUAUUAUAUUGAGAGUCCUACUCUCGGAUCAUGACAGAAUUCACAGCAUAGUGAUUCCCAAAACUCAGCACGUCAACUUCAAAAUCAGUGACCAUUCCUUAGAAAGUUUAUAUUUUCUCUUCAUUGAUCUAAUUCUGUCUUAGUUCUGCCCCUUUUUUCCCUGCCAUGGUCCUCCCCAGAAAUCACAGGCAUGUGUUUAUCUUCUCUGAUAUUUGAACUCAUAAUAUUGAAGGUUAUUGCUUCAUGUAAAUUUGGAUUUUAACAUCACUUUCUGCUAUUUUUUUCAUGUGGUAUAGAUUAUUGCCUGGACAAUCUGGGAUCUUAAGCUUCUUGGGAUUCUGCUAGAAACAUAACUUCUUUCAGCGAAAGUAUGGGUGAAAUUGAUACUAAGCCGAUUGAACCAGUCCGAACUGCACUCUCCUUGUUUGAAGAUAAAGGUGAUCAAAAGAACUAUCAGCCUACGAGGAUUAAGCAUGAUUAUGAAAAGGAGAUGGAGGACUUGUCUAAGGAAUUGGCCAACUACAAGGUUAAAUUAGAAGCAAAACACGCCGCUCAUAUGCAAGCACUUUUUAAGCUGGAACAGCGUCAAAAGAUGACUUAUGAAUUGUCUACCUUACUGAAGAAUUCUGAUGCUGAAAGAAACAAAUACAUGAAUGAAUGUGUAGAGAGCAGAGCACGCAUUGAUGAACUUGAGUCCAAGGUGAAAGAGAUGACUGAACAGAACUUGAAAAAUGCUAACAUCCAUGAGCAGCUUCUGCAAGUUUUGAGUGAACUGAAGGCUACACAGAAGGAGCUUCUGAGCAGAGAAACUGAACUUGUUGAGGCAAGAGAUUCAGAACUGCAAGCGCUGGAAAAGGCAGAAGAGUUAGAAAAUGCUUGUCAGCUUGAGAAGUUGAAGAAGAAAGAACUGCUACACCAAGUGAAUGAGCUCAAUGAAGCAAUUCACAGGUCAAAGCUUGCUGCCACUGAAGCAGAGAAAGAGAAGCUAGGUAUGCUGUCUGAUAGAGACCAAACAAUUGAGUUAGCUUCAAAAGCAUUUGCUCAAGCGCAAAAACAGGCGGAAGAUUUGAAAAAUCAAUUAGAAAUGCUGAAGGGUUUAGAAAAUGAGCGUGCACCAAGGUCUGUACUGGUUGAUGAAGCAAUUGUUUCAGCAGAUGAAUCUGCCACGAGUGCCAUUAAAGAAGACUCAAACCAGCUUCACACUGACAUGGAUGAGUUUCAAAAGGAGCUGCAUCAGUUAAAACAAGAACAUCACAAUGCAAAGGAGGAAAUAAAGGCCUUGAAUAUUAUUGUCCAAUCGCUCAAGGAUGAGUUACAGAACGCAAAAGCAGAGGCAAACAUUCUAAAGGAGAGAGACAUUAAAGCACAGGUGGAUAACGCUCUCCUGAUGUCCCAGCUUCAAGAAGUGAGGUCAAUAUUCUUAAACCCAGAUGACAAGAAGGACCCUAUUUCAACCCCAUUGAAAGAGCAUAAAUCCUUGGUCAGACAAGCUGAGAAGACAAAACAAGUUCAAGAUUCAGAAGUAGCAUUUCUGAAGAAGGAACUGGGGGCUGCAACAGCAAAGAUUGGAGAGCUAAGGGCUCGUGCAGAGCAGGCUCUAAGCCGAGCUGAGUUGGCGGAGAGAGCCAAAGAAGCAUUGGAGGAUGCAUUAAGGAGACAAAAAGAACAAAGGCAUAGAAGGAAAGCUUCUGUAAAUGCCAUUCAGGAGGGAUCAACACCUAAACAAGACACUCAAUCCUCAUCAGAUGGGACUCCAAAAAAAUAUUACCCGCUGGGAAAGGUUCUCAACAUGAAGUUCUAGAAGUCCUGUGUUCGUAUGUUUGCUUGUUACUUUGCUGAAUGGAGUGCCACAAAACUUGAGACGGAGUAGAAAUGAAUAGCAAACCUCCCCCCCCCCCCCCAAAUAAAUAAUCAGUCACUUGCAAUUAUAUAAGAUGCUUUGUGUGACAGAUAUGAAUAAAAUUAUACGAAGAAACCUCAUAAACGUCUGAGAGUUUAGGUUUUGUGAGAGUUUUUCUCUCGACAAAGGGAAGUAUGACUGUGAAUGGCACUUGGGGUUUGGACUGUUCAUCCAUUAACCACAAUCACUUCUUGAUAAUGAUUUCGUGCCCGCUUCAGCCCAUGAAGGCCAAUGGGUUUUAGAGCAAGCUUACCUUCUUUUGAUUUUGAGGGACAAAAACAGAGGAGCUUGGACCUUGAGAAGAGUAUUGAUGAUGAGCAUGUAGUUGAGGCCCUGUAAUUUGUAUUAAUGGUUGUUAAAAAUUAUGGGAAAAUAGAGUCAAGUUAUAAAAUUA